CACAGCAGCAUUCAAUCUGCUGGAUACGCUGUGCAUAACUUCUGCUGUCUGUAACUAUAUUACACGGCGACACACGAAUAUUUCAGAUAUCGUUUGAGUGCUCCAGAGUCUAUUUGAUUGAGCCCCUGGUUGCCCCAAAUGAGGGACUGAUGCUGACCAGGACCCUGCUGAACCCCUCGGGUCGCCUCUUAUCUGUCCCAGUUUUGUUCCACAUCUACUCCUGAGGUUGCACCAUAAGAGAAGAAGAAAACAGCCCUGAAAAUGGAUGAUAUCUUCACACAGUGCCGGGAAGGCAAUGCAGUGGCUGUACGCUUAUGGUUGGACAAUACAGAGAAUGACCUCAAUCAGGGAGAUGACCACGGCUUCAGCCCUCUCCACUGGGCGUGCAGGGAGGGCCGCUCCAGCGUGGUGGACAUGCUCAUCAUGAGAGGUGCUCGCAUCAAUGUCAUGAACCGUGGAGACGACACGCCCCUGCACCUGGCCGCCAGCCACGGACAUCGCGACAUCGUAGGAAAGCUGAUCCAGUGCAAAGCAGACACCAACGCAGCAAAUGAACAUGGAAACACACCUCUGCAUUACGCCUGCUUCUGGGGCCAAGACCAAGUGGCUGAGGAUCUGGUCACUAAUGGGGCUCAGGUGAGCAUCUGUAACAAAUACGGAGAAACCCCAAUGGACAAAGCAAAACCGCACCUGAGUGAACUCCUCAGAGACAAGGCUGAGAAAAUGGGACAGAACUUGGCUAAAAUUCCCUUCAAGGACACGUUCUGGAAAGGCACCACCAGAACUCGACCCCGCAAUGGCACUUUGAACAAACAUGCAGGCAUUGACUACAAGCAGCUCUCUCUCCUGGCUAGAAUAAAUGAGAACCAGUCUGGAGAGCUGUGGCAGGGACGCUGGCAAGGAAAUGAAGUUGUAGUUAAAGUGCUCAAAGUUCGUGACUGGACCACGAGGAAAAGCAGAGACUUUAAUGAGGAGUAUCCCAAACUCAGGAUAUUUUCCCACCCAAAUGUCCUACCCAUGUUGGGAGGAUGUCAGUCUCCUCCUGCUCCCCACCCUAUCAUCAUCACACACUGGAUGCCUUAUGGCUCCCUCUACAACGUGCUGCAUGAAGGCACCAACUUUGUGGUGGACCAGACACAGGCGGUGAAGUUUGCGCUGGACAUUGCAUGUGGGAUGGCCUUCUUACACACUCUUGAACCCAUGAUCCCUCGCCACUAUCUCAAUAGCAAGAGUGUUAUGAUAGAUGAAGACAUGACAGCCAGGAUCAGCAUGGCAGACGUCAAGUUCUCCUUCCAGUGUCCCGGCAGGAUGUACUCGCCUGCAUGGGUGGCCCCGGAGGCUCUGCAGAAGAAGCCUGAAGAGAUCAAUCGUCGGUCAGCAGACAUGUGGAGCUUUGCUAUCCUGCUGUGGGAGCUGGUGACCAGAGAGGUGCCGUAUGCAGACCUGUCCAAUAUGGAAAUAGGCAUGAAGGUUGCCUUGGAGGGUUUGAGGCCCACUAUCCCCCCCGGAAUUUCUCCCCACAUUUGCAAGCUGAUGAAGAUAUGCAUGAACGAAGACCCAGCAAAGAGGCCGAAGUUUGACAUGAUUGUGCCAAUUCUUGAAAAAAUGCAGGACAAGUGAAAAAAAGAAGUCCUCUUCCCUCCUGUUCUGAACCCGACCUCUUAUCCCAGAUGGUGUUGUGGUGCUUACCAGUAUUGCCUUAAACUCUUACUCCUCCGCUGCAUCCAACACCACUGUCGCUACUGAGUUUAACUCAGCAGCCGUCACUUCUUUUAUAUUGUUUUUUUUGUGUCUUUUUUUCUAUGUGAUAUAAAGUUUUAAAUUGUGUUGUCAUCUUUGUCACUGAUCUGCUGAUACUGUCUGCACAGGAGCUUAAUAUUGACUGUUCAUCUUCUAACCUGUAAUCAUGUGGACUGAGUACAAUCUUCAAACUUUUAGACUGAAUAACCUGUGGAGGUCAGCAUGGCAGUCUGCUGCACUGCUUCAGUGGAUGCAAAGCCUUAUUUUAUUACUGGAGUGGGCUUACUAUAAAGAAGUCGCCCUGUAAGGAUUGUGCUACUCUUUAAUAGUGCCUCCUAUAAAAACAAAUGACACGUUAACUCUAUGCUUGUCUUGUGGGAAAUGUUCAUGAACUGUAUACAGCUGGGCAAGCAUGAGGGAUGUCUGAAACCAAGCAUUUAAAUAUUAUAUAAUUAUGCAAGUAUAUGAAUGAGUGGUGUUAAUGAGAGCAUUAAGAAGUGUUCUACCAUUCAGCUUGGCUGUGUAGUGAUGAGUAGAGCUUGAGCUUUGGUCUCUGUACAACCUGCUGAAUAUGACUUUAACCCGGCCUUACAAACUCUUUAUUUGUUAAAGCAUAAAUGUCAGUGUUGUUAAAUGCAAUUUUGGGAAUAUUUCUUUCAAAAUGCCUUGCAAGAUGUCACAUCUUUGAUUGUUCAUUUCUAUUUUGGACUUUUAUUUACUAGAUUUCUCAAAUGUUUUACCACGAUCUCUCUUUUUUUAAAACCAUAACGGAUUAAAUAUUUGAUUAUGUUAGCUGUACUGUCCAACAAAUGGUGCAGUCAAUCUCGAUUUGAAGAUUUCUAAAAGUGUAGUUAUCAUGUUGCAUACUGGCAAUCUACACAACAUGUAUUAGCCUGUGUUUCUUGUAGCGUCAGACAUGAGUAAUGCAAUCCAUACUGUAACUGAUUGAUGGAUAACACAGGUACAUCUAUUAUCGUUUUGUUUUCCAGCAUGGGAAAUGCCUUCCCACAAUUCUGGCUGCAUGAACAGCUGUUGUCAACAGAAGAGGACUGGGACAUUGAGGGCAGUUAUAACCUCAAGAAUAUUGUCUUAUUAUUUUCUAUUUUUUAUUAUUUUGGUCACGUAGAUUAAUUCUGAAUUUAAAUAUCAGUCUCUUGGGUUGUUUCUGUGCCCCCACCAGCUUGCUCGUUUGUGCUGAAUCACAGGUCGAAGCCAAAUCAAGAAUGAGAUAUACAAAAGUUUGUAUUUAUAUAUAUAAGUAUAUUAAAAAGGUAAAAACAUGGA